UCGGUUGCGCCCUAAUCCUUCAUCGGUUACGUCGUCUCCUUGAUCUUCCGUUACCUCCACCAAGAUGAUUUCUCGGUUCUUCUCAGUCAUCAUCAAAGCUUCCCCUCCGAUCUUCCGUCACCUCCCCAAAUUAGCCAAAGGUUUCCGUAGGUUACGCCUUUCUCUCCGCCCACCAAAGAUCCGUUACCCUUCUUCUCAGCCCAUCUCCUCCGAUCUUAAGCCAGCAAUUUCCAAAGAGAGUGUUAUUGCCCUAAUCAUCAACGCUACGCCUCUGCCAUCAUCUUCUCAGUUGUCAGAAUUUUGGCAUCGGUUAGAAUCAGGAAGGAAUUUCAUUGAAAAAUCUAAUCCUGCUUCGUCGCCACGUAGCGAAAGGCUGAGAAGUUACUUAUCAGUAAAGUAUAUUAGGUGUUCAAAAACUGAUUUUGGAUGCUAUAAUGUCACAGAGCCGCCUAUUGAUGCGCCUAGAGAUCCAUUGUAUAAAACUGAGAGUGAGAUAAUGAAGGUUUUCUUAACAAAGCAUUACAGAAAUAGACGCGCAAAUGAUUCAGAGUUUGUGCUUGAUUUUGAAGAAAUCUAUGUUAUUGACUCGAAAUCUAAAUCCAUAACAAGGGUUAAAGUUUUGCCUUUCCUAUGAACCAUGACGAAACAGUAAGAGACAUGGGGAGCUGCUAGGUUAUCAACAAUUUGAUGCUAUUUACUUGAGUUCAGGUCUUUGAUGAAUGGAGAUGUUUUUUAAGCUAUAUAUUUUGUUGCUAAAUGUUGCUAAUGUUCUAUUUUUUGGAUAUGAGUAUGUUAGGAGAGUAUGUUAGGAGUUGUUUUGAUAGGUUUUUGAUGUAUACAGUUAGGAGGUUUUAUAUUUUUUUGUUGUGAUGUAAUGAGAGAUACUCUUCAUUUUAUUCUUUGGCUGGGGAUUUUGAUGAUUAUCUGUAAGUAGAUUGCAAUCACCCAAUUUUUUUAAAGAAUGUAUUGCUCGGUUGGGGUCUUCUUUCAA